CCUACCGGCUGGGCUGGAAGGGGAGGAGGCGGUCCACUCCCGCUCGCAGCCUCGGACGAGCCCCCUUGUCAGUGUGGAGGAGAAGGAGAGAGAGAGAGAGAGAGAGAGAGAGAGGGAGCGAGCGAGCGAGAGAGAGAGAGAGAGAGAGAGAGAGAGAGAGGGAGCGAGAGAGAGAGAGAGAGAGAGAGGGAGCGAGAGAGAGGGAGAGGGAGCAACUGUGUGACAGAGGGAAAGAGAACAAGGCAGGCUGCUUAGAGGAGUGAGAGAGCCCAGGCUGAAAUAGGCAACACAUUUUACAAGUGCAGGAAGAGGGAGGAUCGCAGACGAGGACUCUACCGGCCACCUGGGACACGGUCACUGUGUUCGCCUCGCUCCACUCCUUCCUGGAUCCCAGUGGAUUGACUAACCAACCGGUGGAUUUUUUUUUCUUUUCUUCAAAUUUGAACACAUUGCUCGUGCCACACCGUCUGGGAUCAUUCCUCGGCGUUAUCUGCACCGGACCCCCCCUCCUGCCCGUGCCCCGCACCCCCCCCCGCACCGGCUCCACGGCUGCAGACUCCAAUUGUUUCCUUGCGUCUACAAAGUGCAACUGUCGGCCAUCCGGCGCUGAGGAUUUCUCCCCCUCUGUCAAACAGGACGGCACGCAGCCACCGCUGGAUCAGACUACACAAGAGAGAGAGAGAGAGAGAGAGAGAGAGAGAGACAGCGUGUAUGCAAGAGAGGGGCAGAGAGAGAGAGGGAGAGUCCGAUCCACAACGCGUCUGAGGCAGAUUGACUGGAGUGAGACCGCUUCGACAGAGAAGUGAACCAAACGUCCUCUCUCGUUUGUCCUCGCCAUCCCUUUCCUCCUCCUGUCCGCCUUUUCUUCCUUCUACCAUUUGCCAACAUUCCGAGGACUGCCGGUCGCUUCCUGCCACCUGCGUCUUUCCCCCCCUCUUCUUCUACCUCACCUGUAUCGCAGGUUACUGUCCGGCCGCUGGCGGGCUCAGCGCUCGUGGCUCUGGCACUUUGUGGAUCCAUUGAUCCCAGCAGAGAGAGAGAGAGCAUCCGCCCAGACACCGAGGCUCCCUAGACCGGUGAGCUUCCACAUCAGCGGCAGACCUUCUCCCCAUCUGCUACCCGGCACGCUAAACACUCCCCCCUCCCCCUCACCCCCGCCUCCCCGUCCCCACCCCACGCACCCACGCACCCUGUCUACUCCCUGGAGGACCGGCCAGCGACACAGCGGACGCCACAGACAGGACUCGCACAGCCUCCCCCGCUGCCUUUAUCCCAUUGCUAGCUACUUAGCAGCGCGUGCCCCCCCCCGUGUCACCAUUCCCUGCUUUGGGGCUAAAGAUUCCAGCUACAUGGGCAAGCGAUUGGAGCAGCAGCCAAUGUACCCUCAGUACACCUACUACUACCCCCACUAUCUCCAGACCAAGCAGUCCUAUGCUCCACCCCCUCAUCCCAUGGCUCCUCCCAGCCCGAGCACCAACAGCUGCAGCCAGGGAGGGGCGGAGCAGCUGAGUAAGACCAACCUGUACAUCCGAGGCCUGCCCCCCGGGACCACCGACCAGGACCUCAUCAAACUCUGCCAACCGUACGGAAAAAUAGUGUCAACCAAGGCCAUCCUGGAUAAAAACACCAACCAGUGCAAAGGCUAUGGCUUUGUGGAUUUUGACAGCCCAGCUGCAGCACAGAAGGCCGUGUCUUCUCUCAAAGCCACCGGGGUGCAGGCCCAAAUGGCCAAGCAACAGGAGCAGGACCCCACCAACCUGUACAUCUCCAACCUGCCGGUGUCCAUGGACGAGCAGGAGCUGGAGAACAUGCUGAAGCCUCUGGGUCACGUCAUCUCCACGAGGAUACUGAGGGAUGCCAACGGGGUCAGCAGAGGGGUCGGCUUCGCCAGGAUGGAGUCCACAGAGAAAUGUGAAGUUGUGAUCCAGCAUUUCAACGGCAAAUACCUGAAAACCCCACCUGGCAUUCCAGCUCCCGCGGAGCCUUUGCUUUGCAAAUUUGCCGACGGAGGGCAGAAGAAACGCCAGAGCCAGAGCAAGUACCCUCAGAACGGGAGGCCGUGGCACAGAGAAGGCGAGACUGGCCUGGCGUUAACAUAUGAUCCGGCUGCAAUGCAGAAUGGGUUCUACUCCUCGCCUUACAGCAUCGCCACCAACCGCAUGAUUGCACAGACCUCCAUCACGCCCUUCAUCGCUGCUUCCCCCGUGUCCACAUAUCAGGUGCAGAGUACGUCAUGGAUGCCUCAUCAACAAUAUGUUAUGCAACCUACAGGUGCAGUGAUCACUCCAGCCAUGGACCACACUAUGUCCAUGCAGCCUGCCAGCAUGAUGGGCCCCCUCGCCCAGCAGAUGAACCAUCUGUCCCUGGGCACUACAGGAAGUUACAUGACUGCUGCAGCUGCUGGGGCGCCUAUGCAAGGGACCUACAUUCCCCAGUACACUCCUGUGCCUCCUACAGCCGUCCCUGUCGAUGGAGUGGUGACGGACGCCUCCCCCCAGACAGUGGCUCCCUCGUCACAGGAGGUGUCCGGCCAGCAGCAACAGAUCCAGGUGGACAGUGCUGCCGACCACGUUCCUGCUUACUCAUACCAGUCCAAAUAGCAUCGGCCUGAGCGAAUGUUCCUGUGACAGCGAGGCCUUCAGACAGAAGCUGGCUGCACUGUGUUUGUGAGGAAAAGAGUAAAAGAAAGAGAUUGCUUCCAGAUUGCCCGGGCACCAAAAAAAGAGACACUUUUUUUCAUUUCCUACCUGGCCUACGAGAAAAAAAGAGGAAAACAAAGGGGAGAAGGAGGCAACGAGGGCAGAGGAAGUGGAGGAGGGAGAAUUGCUGGGCACAGUGCAAAGAGGUGGAAUUGUUUAGAAUGGGAACCUGCCGGAAGCUUGAAAAGUUUCUCAAAGAAAAAUCUCAACCAAUAAAAGAAAAAAAAGAAAGAAAAAAACAAAAAAAAGGUUGAAUGCGCAAGUAGGCGAUGAAGUUUAUUUUGUAAUUAGAAAACGGGAGUCAAGUUUGAGAUACACACAGAGAUUGUCUUCCUCAGAUAUUAAGCUACAAUUUCUUUUCACUCUUUUUUAUGUUCUAGUGUUACAUUUUACUUUUCUAGAUAUAUUCAAAAACAAAGUGUUUUUUUUUUUCUUUCUUGAAUCUUCAUGGCCUUAAUUUGAAGGGCGGCAGAAACUUUUUACAGAGUUUAAGUCUGACGUCUGGUUGGAAAAAAAAGAAGAAAUAAGCAAACAACAUCAGUCUCUUGGACCACUUUGAUGGUUCAAGACACUGGAGGAGUUUCUCUAAAGAGGAAAAAAGAAUCUAUCACAUAAGCUGUACAGAUUUAAUAGAGAAGAGCUUUUUUCUUUUCUUCAUUAGAAGAAAACUUUGAUAAUUAUUAUGUCAGAGGUAACUAAGUGUCAGAAGAAAACAAAAUGUCUGUUGGGGAAAAGGACUUUUGGGGUGGGAGGGGGG